GAGACCAACGAAGUUCCGCUGUAUUUAUUGCUCGAAAAGGAACCAAGAGACUGUGCUUGUUUUGCGCACAGAAUCAUUGGAAUGAUCAAUGUGCUGAAUAUCCGAUAUUUGAAAAACGAAUGGCCAGAGCGCGUGAGCUACGAUUGCCUUGUGCAGAAGCUUGCGGAUGAAAAAAGGAUCAUCCCCACAAAAAGUGCAAUGUUCGUACUGGAGACACAGUCAGUGAACGAAGCCUCACCGACAACGAUUACCUCAGCAAAUGAAGUAAGCGACAAUAAAAAUACCAUCCUAUUACUUUGUAAAGAAGUACAAAUAGUGGACCCGAAAAUUGGAAAAGAAGCGACUGCAGUGGUUUUCCUGGGCGUUGGCUCACAACUGUCGUUCACCACUGACGAUUUAUCGAAACAACUAGGGCUUAAAGAAGGAAGAAAGGAAAUUCUAAAAAAAACAAGGAUUGCCGAAGAACAAGUAAAGGAAUAUUCCACAGCCGUCGUCAUCAUGCAUCUUAUCGAAUAA